AACGUCAAUUGAUUUUGCCAGGUUUUAAUUACACUGCUGUUACGGACUUUGUAGAAAAAAACAAAGUAAAUAGUGAACUUUUUGUAAUUGUAAACUUUAUGCAAAGUUCUGUGCUAAAAAUAAAAUAAAAAAUACGGCAAAAGACUACAGGGGAAUCAUAAUCACUGCAGUCAUAACCCACUUGCCACUAAGUGGCACUAUUGCUGAGGAUGUAGGAAACAGAGGGAAGAAAGAAAGAAAAACAAUAGAAAGAAAGGAAAAAGUACUGCAUGACAAAAAUGUAUCCCCACUGCCAGUGUGUGUGUGUGUUGAUUUGAGAGAGUGUUUGACCUGGAACAGCUCUUCCUGAUUCAGUCCAAGCAGCUCCACUCCCCCUCUCCCGGCACAGGACUGCUGCUGUGGAGAUGGGAUGCUGAUCCAGACUGGGAAUAUUUCAUGCCUGGAAUCUUAACUCUGGGUGGAUCACCGCACCGCGAGGCGGCGUGCUGGGGAACACAGGAACUAUCUGAAAGGAGAUUAUUUGGACUAGUUUGGACUUUUUGAAGGUGUUCAUUUUGAUUUUGCAGCAUUCUCCUGAAGCUGGAAUAAUGUCUCUGGGCAGUUGCAGGCAGACUAUGCUUGCAGCAGAGAUCUGCACCCUGAUGGCAAUUCUGGUGGCAGGCACUGCAGGACAGAGCCAGGACGGGAGGGAGGCAGGGUCCUCCUGCUACGGGGGGUUUGACCUUUACUUCGUUUUGGACAAGUCUGGGAGUGUGCAGCACCACUGGAAUGAGAUCUAUUACUUUGUUGAUCACCUGGCUCAUAAAUUCAUAAGCCCUCAGCUGCGGAUGUCCUUCAUUGUAUUUUCUACAGAGGGACGGAUCCUGAUGAAACUAACAGAAGACAGGGAGCAGAUUCGGGCAGGCCUGGAAGAGCUCCGCAUGGUGCAUCCUGGGGGAGACACUUUUAUGCACAAAGGGUUCCAAAGGGCCAGUGAACAAAUCUACUAUGCUGGUGACAGUUUCCGUACAGCCAGUGUCAUCAUUGCCUUGACAGAUGGCGAACUGAGGGAGAAUCAGUUUGAUCUGGCAGAGAGAGAGGCCAGCCGAUCGCGUCAACUGGGCGCCUCAGUCUACUGCGUGGGAGUAAAAGACUUCAAUGAAACCCAGCUUUGGACAAUAGCCGACAGUAAGGACCAUGUCUUCCCUGUGAAUGAUGGCUUUGAGGCACUGCAAGGAGUCAUUGAUUCAAUCCUGAAGAGAUCAUGCAUCGAGAUCUUGGCAGCAGAGCCCUCUAGUAUCUGUGCAGGAGAGUCCUUCCAGGUGGUAGUGAAAGGAAAUGGUUUCUCACAUGCCCGCGAGGUGGGGAAGGUCCUUUGUAGCUUCCGCAUCAACGACACUCUCACUUUGAGUAAGAGGAAGUUAUGGGCAGCUACCCUCCACGUCAGUAUGAACAAUGGCCUGAGUUUCAUAUCUAGUUCUGUCACCAUCACCUCUGUCAGCUGUUCUGACGGGACAUUUUUGGCCAUAGCUCUGCUCAUCCUGCUGCUCCUCCUGAUGCUGGCUCUGCUCUGGUGGUUCUGGCCUCUCUGCUGCACAGUGAUCAUCCAUGAGCCUCCACCUCCGGUACUGGAGGACAGCUCAGACGAGGACGAGGACGGGUAUCCCAAGAAGAGGUGGCCCACUGUGGAUGCCUCAUACUACGGUGGCCGAGGUGUGGGUGGCAUCAAGAGAAUGGAGGUCCGCUGGGGCGACAAAGGUUCGACUGAGGAGGGGGCCAAACUAGAGAAAGCCAAGAAUGCCCGCAUCAAGAUGCCAGAGCAGGAGUUUGACAUGGCACCAACACGCACUCUCAACAACGGCAUGCAUAAACCCAUCAGUCCCCAGAAAUGGUACUCCCCUAUAAAGGGCAAGCUGGAUGCUCUGUGGGUAUUCCUGAGGAAAGGCUAUGAUAGGGUAUCUGUGAUGAGACCCCAUCCUGGAGACAAGGGCAGGUGCAUUAGCUUCACCCGGGUGAAAGCCUACCCUGCUCCUCGUUAUCCAGUCUACAACCAGCCCUCCACAGCCAUCUACAGUCUGCCUCACACCUACAGUCACCCUUCCUCACACAGCACCCUCUCCCACAUGCCCCCCUCUCCCACCUCCACUCUACCCGCUCUGCCGUCCACUCCACCCCCUCCCUCCUGCAUCACCCAUCCCCAUUACACCCCCCCUCCAAACCGAGCUCUACCCCCCACUUCUCUAAGUCCUCCCCCAUCUGUUUCUCCACCCACCCCUCCACCCCUUUGCCCUCCCACCCCUCCCCUCUUUUGCCCUGCCACCCCUCCACCCAUUUGCUCCGCAACAACCCCUUCCCCAACUGGCUCUCUGCCCCCACCCCCUCAGGCCCCACCCCCAUGCAGAGCUCCCCCCCCUUCUCGCCCUCCCCCACAUCCGUCUGACCAAUGCCUGUGAGGAAAGAGAAGAGAAGGGAAAAAGCAAGAACGGUUAGUGCUAUCCGGGGUCCAUGGGACUUCCUUCCCCUUAACCCUUACCAUUUUCAAUUUCAAUGGGGUGACGUCAGAGUUGGACUUCCCAAGGACCCAGAUAGCAAGGACCAUCAAAGAACUGAGCAGCAUGGACCCUGAAGGCCCCUGAAUACUGUGCCUUUCUCUCCUUCUCCACCAAUCGAAACCACUAUCAACAGUUGGACAGGCAGGACAGCAAGCUCAACUCUAGUCAUCAGAAAUGCUUUCUACUUUACUCAGAGUAUCAUAGAGAAGCUGAGCAAUUGAUCUGUGAAACAAAGUUCCAUUAGAUUUUUCAUGGGCUCUAUUCCAACUGACCAGGAUCUUGGGCAUCCUUCCAUAUACUGUAGCUUAGCUAGCUACAGGUAGUGCAAGAUUUUGAGUAUGGCUCACGAAACUAUAGUGAAGAUAAUAUCAAUACUUUACUGCUUUGCAGAAAAAUGCAAUAUUUAGCAGAAGGGAUACACUUACAGUUGAAGUCGGAAGUUUACACACACUUAGGUUGGAGUCAUUAAAACUAGUUUUUCAACCACUCCAGUUAGUUUUGGCAAGUCGGUUAGGAAAUCUACUUGGUGCAUGACACAAGUAAUUUUCCCAACAAUUGUUUACCGACAGAUUAUUUAACUUAUAAUUCACUGUAGCACAAUUCCAGUGGGUCAGAAGUGUACAUACACGAAGUUGACUGUGCCUUUAAACAGCUUGGAAAAUUCCAGAAAAUUAUGUCAUGGCUUUAGAAGCUUCUGAUAGGCUAAUUUACAUCACUUGAGUUAAUUGGAGGUGUACCUGUGGAUGUAUUUCAAGGCCUACCUUCAAACUCAGUGCCAAUUCCCUUGACAUCAUGGGAAAAUCAAAAGAAAUCAGCAAGACCUCAGACAAAGAAUUGUAGACCUCCACAAGUCUGGUUCAUCCUUGGGAGAAAUUUCCAAAUGCCUGAAGGUAGCACGUUCAUCUGUACAAACAAUAGUAGGCAAGUAUAAACACCAUGGGACCACGCAUCCGUCAUAUCGCUCAGGAAGGAGGCGCGUUCUGUCUCCUAGAGAUGAACAUACUUUGGUGCAAAAGGUUCAAAUCAAUCCCAGACCAACAGCAAAGGACCUUGUGAAGAUGCUGGAGGAAACCGGUACAAAAGUAUCUACAUCCACAGUAAAACGAGUUCUAUAUUGACAUAACCUUAAAGGCCGCUCACAGCAAGGAAGAAGCUACUGUUCCAAAACCGCCAUAAAAAAAGCCAGACUACGGUUUGCAACUGCACAUGGGGACAAAGAUCGUACUUUUUGGAGAAAUGUCCUCUGGUAUGAUGAAACAAAAAUAGAACUGUUUGGCCAUAAUGACCAUCGUUAUCUUUGGAGGAAAAAGGGGGAGGCUUGCAAGACGAAGAACACCAUCCCAACCGUGAAGCACGGGGGUGGCAGCAUCAUGUUGUAGGGGUGCUUGGCUGCAGGAGGGACUGGUGCACUUCACAAAAUAGAUGGCGUCAUGAGGAUGGAAUAUUGUGUGGAUAUAUUGAAGCAACAUAUCAAGACAUCAGUCAGGAAGUUAAAGCUUGGUCGCAAAUGGAUCUUCCAAUGGACAAUGACCCCUAACAUACUUCCAAAUUUGUGGCAAAAUGGCUUAAGGACAACAAAGUCAAGGUCUUGGAGUGGCCAUCACAAUGCCCUGACCUCAAUCCUAUAGAACAUGUGAGGGCAGAACUGAAAAAGUGUGUGUUCCGAGCAAGGAGGCCUACAACUGACUCAGUUACACCAGCUCUGUCAGGAGGAAUGGGCCAAAAUUCACCCAACUUAUUGUGGGAAGCUUGUGGAAGGCUACCCAAAACGUUUGACCCCAGACAAUGCUACCAAAUACUAAUUGAACGCCUGACCCACUCUGAAAGUGAUGAAAGAAAUAAAAGCUGCUCUCUUCUAUUAUUCUGACAUUUCACAUUCUUAAAAUGAAGUGGUGAUCCUAACUGACUUAAGACAGGGAAUUUUUACUAGAAUUAAAUGUCAGGAAUUGUGAAACUGAGUUUAAAUGUAUUUGGCUAAGGUGUAUGUAAACUUCCGACUUCCAACUGUACAUAUUUCAUAAGUUAAAAGAUCAAUGGCUCAGAUUUAAACUGAAAUGUGUCUUUUAUGUGUUAUACUAGGUACAUAUUACAUGCUGAUUGAUAAAAAUUGAUUUGUAUUAAUUAAUGACAGACACAUUGGCAAAGAGGAAAACCUCUGACUGGGGAAGAACAGAUGACUUGGUUUACUUGCUAACAGAGAUCAUGCAAAGAGUUUUAAAAGCAAAAAUAAUGGAUUGUGGACUGUGGCAGAGUCCUGUGGACUCUUAAAGGCACAAUAUGGGAUUUCAACAGUCGGACCCUGCUACUUGAGAUGAUGGAUAUUUUUUUUUAAGCUUUACAUUGUUUACAAAAAAAAAAAAGAGUAACACCCUUAGACAUUGGGGUAUGAUAGGGUAAGGCAGAUGUACUAAGCUCAUAAGUCAUUAUUAUAAUUUAUGUAACUAAUUGACAUUAAUGACCAUUAGAAAUCAGCACAUCUGACAGAUUGUGCCUUUAAACUCAGCAUGGCUGACCUACCACUGGGCAACCAGGAACCAGCGAGUGAACAUUGACCUUUUGAUGUGACCUUUGGCUGUUGUUAUAUGGGACAUUUUGAUGGUGUCACUAUUGUGGUGUCGCCAUUCCUCGAGGUACUAGGAAUGAGCAGCUCUGUGAAUCCACCAGGGUCUAAUUCCAUUUCCAAUCCAGAAAUGUGUUUAUUAAGUGUGUGCUUGCUGAGUAUCUUCAACUAAUGUAUAGAAUGUAUUCAAAACCAGUGAGGCCAUUUUUUUCUGUGUAAUAAAAUAUUGCAUUUCAGAACAA